AUGCCACUGCUGGUCGUCGAAACCUGCGGUUGCGCGGCGAUGGACGAAGCCAGUGGCCUCAUCGAAGUCAAAGCCUGCUUGUGGCUGUUCAGGCCCAAAAUAUGGAUGCGAAAAUUGGCCAAUGAGCUCCUACAUGGGUCUUCUCCCAAUCCUCUCGUCAGCCCUCUUGCCUUGACCUUCUUAGAAGCUGAGGGUCGCUGCGUGCGGACGGGAGCAAGCGGGACGCGUUCGGUGAUAGGAUGCGUGUCUUGGGUCACCUGGUGUCGAGCGGGUUGUGAGAAUCUCGUGGGUGCAUGGUGCAGGGUCGAUGCGAGUAUGCACGCCAGGCGCGAGGAUGUCGGGGUCGCGACAUCACAUGAGCAACAUGGCGUCAUUGGGUGCAACGCGUCGUCUCCGGGAGUGGAGAGACGACAUCGCACGGUUGCUGCGAUGGAGCAGGUCGCAUCGGCCGUCGAGGCAUCUCCGGUUAACUCGAGUUGUUUCGCGUGGCGCUGCUCGGUGGAGAUUGACGGCCGAUGGUGUGAUCUUGGGAAUGCUGGCUUAUCAGGUCAAUUGGUUGGGGAUCUAGGCAAGCUGAAGAAUUUGCAGUAUUUGGAGCUAUACAGUAACAACAUAACAGGGCCAAUACCAAGUGACAUUGGGAAUCUUACUAAUUUGGUGAGCUUGGAUCUGUACUUGAACAGUUUCACGGGUCCCAUUCCAGACACACUGGGCAAAUUAUCCAAGCUGCGAUUCCUUCGGCUAAAUAAUAACAGCCUGACGGGCUCCAUCCCAACUUCGUUGACAAAUGUCACUUCUCUUCAAGUCCUGGAUCUAUCAAACAACCGUCUGUCGGGUGCAGUUCCAGAUACCGGUUCCUUUUCUCUAUUUACACCAAUAAGUUUUGCAAAUAACUUGAACCUUUGUGGCCCAGUAACUGGACGGCCGUGCCCCGGGUCUCCUCCAUUUUCACCACCUCCACCGUUUGUGCCACCUCCCCCGAUUUCAUCCCCAGGAGGAAAUAGUGCAACUGGAGCAAUUGCCGGAGGAGUUGCUGCCGGUGCUGCUCUUCUAUUUGCGGCCCCCGCCAUUGCAUACGCGUGGUGGCGGCGCAGGAAACCCCAAGAUUUUUUCUUUGACGUGCCAGCCGAGGAGGACCCUGAAGUCCACCUGGGACAGCUCAAGAGAUUCUCCCUGCGUGAGCUUCAGGUGGCAACUGAUAGUUUCAGCAAUAAGAAUAUAUUGGGCAGAGGUGGGUUCGGGAAGGUGUACAAAGGGCGGCUGGCCGACGGGACAUUGGUAGCGGUCAAGAGGCUGAAGGAGGAGCGGACCCCAGGUGGGGAGCUUCAGUUUCAGACAGAGGUUGAGAUGAUUAGUAUGGCUGUACACCGUAAUCUGCUCAGGUUGAGGGGCUUCUGCAUGACCCCGACUGAGAGGCUUCUCGUUUAUCCAUACAUGGUUAAUGGAAGUGUUGCUUCGUGUUUGAGAGAACGACCGCCAAACGAGCCACCACUCGACUGGCCAACAAGGAAACGAAUUGCUCUGGGGUCCGCCCGAGGACUAUCAUAUCUGCAUGACCACUGUGACCCGAAGAUUAUCCAUCGAGACGUGAAAGCCGCUAAUAUAUUGCUGGAUGAGGAAUUUGAGGCCGUGGUUGGAGAUUUUGGUCUGGCUAAGCUCAUGGACUAUAAGGACACUCACGUCACCACUGCAGUGCGUGGGACCAUAGGCCACAUUGCCCCUGAGUACCUAUCCACCGGAAAAUCUUCUGAGAAAACCGAUGUCUUUGGUUAUGGAAUUAUGCUUCUUGAGCUGAUAACUGGACAGAGAGCAUUUGAUCUUGCUCGCCUUGCGAAUGAUGAUGAUGUCAUGUUGCUGGAUUGGGCUGCAGCUAGCUCGAGUCCAUCUCGGGAGUGCAGGCUGCAGCUUGUUCAAGACUUGUGA